AUUAGAUGAUAAGCAUUAAACAAUAUUUGUGAGUUUCUGACUUUUCAAGUCUAAUUGGUCUGUCUAGUCAACCUCAAUCAUCUAUACUGUUUUUGUUCGCUACGGACCUACGGUGCAAUUGUUCAAUAUUUUAUUAAUUUACUUAUAAUUUUUUUUUGUUCUAGUUUUAACUUUUUCUUCAAAUAAAAUAGAAAACUGAUAUUUUUCUUUUUUACUUAAAAUUUAUUAAAAUUUCUACAAAUGGAUAGUAAUGAUGUUAUUGAAGAAGAUCAACUUGAACCUUCUCUACAAAACGUAAUCAGUCAGAGUAGUUUAAAAUGGAUUUUUGUCGGUGGAAAAGGAGGUGUUGGUAAAACCACUUGCAGUUGUAGUUUGGCUAUUCAAUUAGCUAAAGUUCGUGAAUCAGUACUUUUAUUAUCAACUGAUCCAGCACACAACAUAUCUGAUGCUUUUGGACAACGAUUCACCAAAGCACCUACUAAAGUUGACGGUUUCAAUAAUUUAUUUGCUAUGGAAGUAGACCCUGAUGUCCACAGCGAAAACGAAAAUUUACUUGGAAGUGAAGAUGAAUCCGAUACAAUGCGAUUAGGUAAAAGUAUUAUACAAGACAUUAUUGGAGCAUUUCCAGGUAUUGAUGAGUCAAUGAGUUAUGCUCAAGUGAUGAAGUUGGUUAAGAGUAUGAACUUUUCAGUUGUCGUAUUUGACACAGCUCCUACUGGGCAUACGUUGAGACUAUUGACAUUUCCUUUAAUGAUGGAAAAAGCAAUAGGAAAAAUAUUGGAAUUGAAAAAUAGAAUAGGUCCUUACCUAAAUCAAAUGAGUAUGCUUUUUGGAGCUGGUAUUAAUGUAGAUGAUAUUUCACAAAAACUUGAAGAAAUGUUGGCAACCAUUAAGACAGUUAAUCAACAGUUCAAAAAUCCUGAUCAAACCACAUUUGUUUGUGUAUGCAUUGCUGAAUUUUUAUCAUUGUAUGAAACGGAGAGACUUAUUCAAGAAUUAACCAAAAAUGAAAUCGACACCCAUAAUAUUAUUGUUAAUCAAUUGUACAUUAACAAUGGAGAUUCCAAUCCCAGUUGUAAAAAGUGUUCUUCCAGGCGGGCGUUACAGCGCAUCUAUCUAGAACAGAUAAAUGAUUUGUAUCUUGAUUUUCAUGUUACUAAGCUUCCAUUGUUAGAAAAGGAAGUACGUGGUGUUGCUGAUAUAUCAGAGUUUUCCAAAUAUUUAUUGGAUCCAAAUUAUGCUUUUAACAAAAACAAAUAAAAAACCGUGUUUAUUUUUUUUUGUUUAGCUUAAACAACAUUUGUUCUUAAUUAUAAUAUAUACA